AACAAUGCCACGAGAAAAGCCCUUGAACCGCGUAGAAUCCAGAGAGCGAGCCGAGUUCCCGAGAGCAUGAACCCGAACCGAGCCGAGGAAAAGCACACCACGUGAGGAAAAUGGCUCUCUGUUUACGUGUCGAAGCACGGGCAAGAGCGAUGCUUCGCUACAGCCAUCUCCAAUGAUCCCUCAGCACAAAGCAUGACCACUCAGCGGAGAUUAAAAUCAUAAACAAUUUUUAAGCUGUCACAACGCCUUGCUCCUUACCCACAACCGAUUGGGACUCGUAAAUCAAACAGCAGCCCACCUACAACAACAAUGGCCUCCAACGUAGCUAAUUUAUCGGAUUGCCCAACAAUGCCCGCACUGGAAAAUGUACGCUAUUUCCACCCCAUGCAGAUUUCUAAUGAUCGAGCGCGUAUGUAUGUAGCUAUCUUAUCAACCAGAUUGCCGAAUUGAACAGGGGAACAGCUUAUGCUAUUGCGAUAAGCCCGACACAACAACCACAGCGUACAUUCGUCACACGCGGAUGGGACGGUUUUAUUUUAUUUAGGAUUUUUUGUUGCUGCUUCCCACGAACCGAGAUAACGGGUGACGGAGCGUGCGGGUGACUUGAGCGAGUCGCGCAUCAGUAUCGUUCAAUCUUUCGUGCGUGUUCAGUGUGUCUCGGAAGCCGGAGGUUACAUCGGUAAAUGUCGGUCGAACCAUGAAGCUGCUUGCAAACAUACUAACACUAGAGCUACUGUGGUGCGUCCUCGGUCCUGGCGUUGGAAUUGGAGUGUACUUUCUCACCUACUGGAACUGGAAUACACUUCCCGGCGAAGUAUAUCUUGCCGAUGCAGUUGGGUCAUCUGAUGAACGCUUCGUCGCAGAACGAGCCCUGUACGAUCUGGGUUCGCUCACAAGCCGUGGUCCACGAGUAGCCGGAAGUGAAACAAACGAACGAUUUGCCGUAGACACACUGUACGCUGCUAUUGAAGGCAUCGCACGUCAAGCUCUUCCUGAGUAUGAAGUUGUGUACGAAGUGCAGCGCGUCAGUGGCAGCUAUUACUUAGAUUACGACGACUAUCCCAUCACCAGCUACUACCGCAACGUGCAAAAUAUCGUCGUAUCUGUUGUGCGUCGGGGCUCGUUCAGUGGCAAGUAUCUACUGCUGAAUGCGCACUUUGACAGUGCCGUGACGAGUCCGGGAGCAGGUGACGAUGGCACAAUGGUAGUGGUGAUGCUGGAACUGAUGCGCCAGUUGACACAAAGUACCAAAUCGCCGAUGCAGCACGGUGUGCUGUUCCUAUUUAAUGGGUGCGAGGAGAACACUAUGCAGGGUGCACAUGGCUUCGUCCGGGGACACCCAUUAGCGCAGUCCGUUGCAGCAUUCAUCAAUCUGGAUGUGGCUGCAAACAGUGGUCGUGAGAUCAUGUUCCAGUCGGGUCCAAACUAUCCUUUCCUCAUGGCUUACUAUCGCGAUCACAUUUGUCGUCCGUAUGCAAAUACGCUUGGGGAGGAGGUUUUCCAGAUGGGGCUGGUACCUUCCUUCACCGACUACGAAACGCUCUCGAAGCAGGGCGGCUGGCCGGGGCUCGAUUUUGCCUUGUCAUCGUACGGAUACCUCUACCAUACAGCGCUGGAUGCGCGGGAGACUAUUUCCGGUGGAACUUUGCAGCACAUUGGCGACAAUCUGUUGGGACUAGUGCGUGCUCUCAGCAAUGCCGACGAGCUUAGUAACAUACAGGAGCACCGGGAAGGAACAGCCGUGUUUUUCGACUUUAUGCACCUAUUUCUGGUAUACUACACGGAAACGACCGGACUGAUCAUCAACAUUCUGCUGGGAGUGUUCUCGUUGGGGCUCGUUGUCGGUACGCUCUUCAUGAUCGUGCGAAAGGAAGGCGCAGUUGGAACCAAUGUGCUCUUCGAGUCCGGUAUGGCCCUUAUCGUGCAGACACUGUCCAUCAUACUAGGAGCAGGACUUUCAGUGUUGGUGGCGGUGAUAUUCGAUGCGUGCGGUCGAUCGAUGAGCUGGUUUUCAUCUACAUGGCUGCUGUUCGGAUUAUACUUCGUGCCGUGCAUCGCUGGUCUGACCCUGGGGCCGUUCGUGUACACUCGGUUUCGAAAAAUCCUCUUCCUGCAUGAUCAAGGCCGGGUUAUUCUCUUUCUUCAUGCGCAACACUGCAUCUAUGCCGUUCUGCUGAUAACGCUAUCGAUCGGUGGUAUUCGAUCUGCAUUUGUGCUGCUCUUCCCCAUCAUUUUUUAUAGCGCCACGACGAUAGUGAACAUGAUCAUACGGUUUCGGCUUAAGAUUUGGAUCUAUGUGCAUCUCGUUGGCCAACUCAUACCGAUAGUUUACUUCUGCUCAUUGGCGGUGACGCUGUUUGCUGUGUUCGUCCCAAUGACCGGCCGCAGCGACAAUCGCUCGAAUCCGGACUUUCAAAUGGCCCUGUUUUCCGCACUUUUGACACUGCUGUUAGUCGGCCUUUUGACACCAUUUAUAGUGCUGUUUCGACGAAAACUGUACGUGUUUGGCACGCUACUGUUAUUCUUCCUCGUAACUGCCAUCGUAGCGGCCACUCCAGAAGGUUUCGCGUUUCGGGAGCAAACUUCACCCCAGCGACACUACAUAUUCCAUCACCAGCGAAAUUUUUACUGGCCAAAUGGCACACUACGUGACUCGGGUGCGAUCUACUAUCUCCAUCCACAAGAUCGUCAUACGCCGGAUUUACUGCAAUCCGAAGUUCCGGACUGGGCUAAUGCUCAGCCACUUGGUGACGAGUGCGAUCGUGAGCUCUACUGCGGUAUUCCGUUCUACAUCAACCGUUACCAUCGACAGUCCGAGUCCAGCUACUGGCUACCUGCAUUGGAACCACCGAUAUUUCCCGAACCGGUCGAAUUCCGACUUGUUUCUCGUGAGUCACUAUCCCCAGGAAGGCACCGUCUGACCUUCAUCGCUAAAGGUCCGAGUCAUAUGAGCCUGUACGUUUCUCCUUUGAUCGGUCGAAAAUUGAUUGGAUGGAGUUUUAGCGAACAAAUUCCGCCAAGUGGAAAACGAUGGAAAGAUCAAGACGUUUAUUUUGUCAACCUAUUCUCCGGUUCACUAGACUUAACUCCCAUUACGUUCUACGUUGAGAUUGAAGUGCAACCAUCGCACCAAUCAGAAGAUUCGCUCUUUUAUCUCUCGCUUGUUGCUCAGUAUAUGCAUCAAGAUAAUGUGUACCUUGCUCGGGAAUUUCAAGCACUGCUGGAUAAAAUGCCCAAAUACGCGCACACCGUCGCUUAUCCAGGAUAUUUGGAAAGUUGGAUAUUCUAGCCUGAAAUAAAUCGCUACGCAUCGAAGCUCAUGAACCAGUACCUCUAAACUGCAGAUAUUUAUUGCGAAUGAUCAGCCGGCUGUCGGACGAAAUAACCCCACGGAACCGAUCCAGUGUAAUGAUCUACAGGGCCACGGUAUACUCUCAUUUCUACGCGCCUAGGGAUGUGCUUGUGCAAGCUUCUCUGGGAGGCUUCCAAAUGUGCAGCAGUUGAAAUCAAUAACACGAUCAUAGUCUGUAAGUAUUAAACGCAAAUAAAUGGGAUUUCUUGAAAUAAUA